AUUUACAGAGAAGUAAAGAAUAUCUAAGAAGUGUCAUCAUGACAAGGUUUGCUAGAGGCGGCUCUGAGAAUAGCAAACGCCCAUUAGAGGCCACACCAUGGAGAGAAAUGAAAGGUUCAGAAGGCUACCAGAGAAAUAGACAGAAUGUGAAAGACAAUAAACACAAGUCAAGCCAUACAAAGGUCAAGGUAAAAAGUGAAGAAGAAAUUGAAAAGGGAUUAAUUUUGACUUUGAAAAAAGAGACCAGAAGAGAAGAAAGAAGAGUGAAGAGGAUAAAUAAGCGAAAAGAAGAAAAGGUGUGUUAUAACUGUCGUGGAACAGGUCACGCAAUGUCUGAAUGUCCAGAGACCAAAAAGGAUAUUGAACAAGGCACAGGUAUCUGUUUUAAAUGUGGGUCUACAGAACAUGCUUCCAGCAAGUGUCGACUCAAACUCCCUGCAGGAAAGUUCCCAUAUGCAAAGUGUUUUAUAUGUGGAGAAAUGGGUCAUUUGUCUAAACAGUGUCCUGACAACCCAAGAGGGCUGUAUCCUAUGGGUGGAUGUUGUAAGAUCUGUGAGUCGGUUGAACAUUAUGAGAGGGAUUGCCCAAACCGACAGGAACAGCCAGAUGAAGACAGAAAAGAUUUCCUCAUGACAUGGAUACCAGGCACGAGUGCAGAUGCAGAAAUAUCAUUCCACAGACCUAAUCCUCCUCCUAAGAAAAAAACAGGGCCAAAACUUGUCAAAUUUUAAUGUUGAUUUAUUAAAACAUUUUUU